AUGGAGAUCCUGUGGUACGGCAAUUCAGUCAGCGUGCUGCAGCUUCUUGAUCCGUCGGCAAACGUUACAGUUUUGGCCAAAAGCAAGGACGAAGCAUUGGUGGUGGGUAGGAUUCGUUAUGGGGAUGCAUUUCCCAAGGUGUUCAACCUCGAAUGCUCUGAGGAAGGCGAAGCGACGAAGUUGCCGCAGCUGCAGAGCAGUAAGGUUGUAAUCGCGGCAUGCGUGCAGAACGAGACGGAUAUGGCCACAGUGGUUGACAUUGCUUCAAAGAUGGACAAGAUCUUUGCUGUUGUCAUUGCUGGUCCGAUGGUCCCGGAUGUCAUUGCGCAUGGCGAGAUGACUGGCUGGAGCUGCAGCACUAAGGAUGUGUUGUGGGAGCUGGUGGGGUCAAUUUUCGCUGGCAAGACGUCUUUCAUUGCCAUGGUUCGCAAGGUCGACAGAGCUGAAAAGCUCCAGCAGCUGCUUGAGAAGUCAUCGAAGGAUCACGUCGGUUAUGAGAACUCCGUCUACAACCCUCAGCCGGCGAGUCCGUCUUCCACGUUAACCCCUGUCCUGCAGCAGCCGGGGGCCAAUGCAGGCAAGCGGCGCUUCAUUGAGGAUGCAUUGACCGAGUUGAGAAGGACUGGGGAUGGCGUUAACAGGCCCUUGUUCAUCGAGGGAGAAAAGACCAAGCGCCAAUGCAUUAUGAAGCCUCCGCUCUGCAACCGGCGCAGCGCAGUUUUGAUGCGAUAUGAAUCGCAAGACUUCCUUCUGGGCCCCCACGAGUUUGCUUGCUACCUUGGAUGGCGAGAGCAUUCCUUGAACAUGCACUUGCUCCCCAAGGCUACGGCCCAGCACAUCUUGGGGCAGAGUCUUUCGAAGGGCGUUGCGAGCAUCAUGUUGGCAGUUUUGAAUGGCGUCAUGGGUGCCUGGGAGCUGCAGAUGAGACGUGAUGACUUUCUCGACACGUCGUCUCUUCGAGGAGACUUCAUCGACAUGUCG